AUGGACGAUUAUCAAUACCCGCAGAAUAAAAUACUAGUGCUAUCGCACGACUCGCAUAUCUUUUCACAAACGCAACUUUUGAAGGACUUAUUCCACUACAAUACCACAAGCGCCACAAUAGUCAAGAGUCAAACCUGGGAAAAUAAAUACUAUAAGACCUCUUUCGACUUGUAUAUAGACUCUUUCGCAAGUCUACCGGAAUGGAUGAAGGAUUUUGUCACGCCGGAAUGUGAGCCACUUCGGAAUGUCAUGGCAGGAAUAAUUCUCUUAACAGAUAACAAAUUAAUAAAUCCCCAAGAGUUCUUACAGCCACUCCUGGGUGUCUUGCAUCCCAAUACAUUCAUUGUAGUAGUAAACAUUAAUGAAGAAGUGGAGCAAGACGAAAUCGACGGGUUAAACGAAGCGUGGAACAAUGGUUUUACCAACGUCAUCGAAUUUAUAAACUGGACCAAAUCAAGAGCAACCAUUGGUCAUAACGAGUAUGGAGAAAGACUGGGCCUCGAUAGAGUUCACGAAAUUAUAGACACACACGACUGGUUGAAUUGUGAGCUUCAACCGAUUGCAACAAGGGUGGAGGAGMCGGCGUACGAUAUGCCACUUGAACAAUUAAUCACAAAUUUGCAAAGUGCAAGACUCAGAUACAAAUCUAUGGGGAACAACGACGAAGCAGACGUAUUUGCAAACGAAAUGGCUAACGAACUAUCCAAAUAUUUAUGA